ACUCUCUUUAUUAUUAUUUUUUUCUUUUUUCAAAUCUACAAAUAAUCAUAUUUUUAUUUGACUAUUUUAUUGGAUUUGCAUCUAAUAUAAAAAAAAUUCAAAUUUGUUAACAAUGAUCCAGUCUGAAGUUUCCAGGAAACUGCUUAGCAUGUUGAACGAGCCCAUUCGCUUUCUUUAUUUGUAAUCUCUCAUUGUUCUACCCGGAACAAAUUUCAGGAGUUUUUAAAAAAAAAUAAAAAAUUGAAGCGUGAAUUGUUAUCUGAUUGUUCAACGACCUUGCAUUGAAUCAGAAAGAUCGUUUUUUGAGGUCUUAUCAUGCUUUUUUAUUGGUUGUUCUGAUUUGGGUCUUCUCUGUUUUGGGAUUUGACUAGCUGGUUUUCAAGGUUUCUCAUUGAGUUUAAUUUAUGUUGGAUUUGAAAUCUUGAUGAUUUCCAGGUGGGGUUUUAUGGGUUUGGUGUUGUUUUGUUGAUUCAUAUGUAUUUGGGUUUUUGUUGAGAUCUGCAUAGCCUGUUUUGUGUUGUUUUGAAUUUGUUUGGUUUGAUUCGGUAUCACCAUUGCUGUCUGUGAUACCGAAUUUGAUUGGAAAAGGGUUGAAAACAGACUGUUUUGAUGCUGAAAUAUUGAAAUUGAAAUUGAAAUUGGAUUCAGUUCUGUUGUAUUAGAUCUUCUUCUCCUUAAUUUGGUUGUUCAAAUUGGAAACCCGAAGACAGUGAGGAGAAUUAUGGCGCUGUCUCGGGUUGGAUCUCGGGAUGAACUAAACAUUGAUAUAGAAGGAGAGGGAGAAAUAUUAGACAGAGAACGUGCUCCUCUGAAGGAGAACCGACUUUAUAGGACUCAUUAUCCUGGUGUUGUGAGACAGAGAGCCUAUAUUUUUGAUGGAGAAGGGAAUUAUUAUAACAAGGAAUGGGAUUUAAUGGAGGGUAGGGGCAAAGAGUUUUGUUGGUACCAUGUGGAACUCCCCAAAGGGAAUCAAAAACUGUCCCAAUCUGCACAAUACCUCAUUGAUGCUCUUUGUCCGCCCUUGAAACUCCAAGACAUUUUAUCACUCGUCAGCAAUGGACCCUUUUGUGGGCAUGUAGAUGGUGCUCUUGUGUUUAGGGUUAACUCACCAGGCCCUCCCUCUAGCAACUUUACAUUCAGAAUUGCUGCAAGAGUUACUGAGAAUUCGGUGAUUACAGUCUCUUUGGGCCGUGUUCCAAGAUUGGGUUUCUCACCUGUCGGUCAGUCUCUUCUUUCGGAGAUUCCUAGUGUGGAGAGUCCAAAAAAUUUAAGAGGCGAUCAAAAGGAAAAGGGUGGGACUGUGAUUAGGGAGCAUGUUCUUGAAUUUUUAUUGACAAUGAAUCAUUCUGAGGAAGCUGAUAAUCCUGUGCCAAAAUCUGCUUCAAAUCUUGUUGUUCAUGUUGUUGACACACAUGUAGAUCAUCUCCAAGAUGUUGUGACCAAACUUGAGAUUGAGCUGGAUGCAGUGGAGGUUGAACUGGAUAGAGGUGGUUUUGUUUUGAAAAAACAAAUGCUAGAUGAUAGAAGAUUCCCAAAAAUGCAUCUUGACUUACAGCGUCUCUUGCAGGUUAUUGCGCACGGAGAGCAAGUAUUUCCACGAGUCAAGGAAAGGUGUGCUUCAAAACAUUGGUUUGCCAACGAAGACAUCAUUUCCCUUGAAGAGUUAAUCGGACGACUCAGGAGGCUAAAGGAGAACGUUGGUUUUAUAGCCAAUCGUAUCACAGCAGUCCAGGCUGGUCUGGAUAGCUGGCAAGCCGAGCAAAUCAAUAAGAAACUCUAUUAUCUCUCCUUCCUUUCGAUCAUAUUCCUCCCUCUAUCUGUAAUCACCGGAGUGUUCGGGAUGAAUGUGGGAGGAGUUCCUUGGACAGGGCAACGAGACCCAAAGAUAAAGGACGGUUUUCGCAAUGUCAUAUUGCUCUGUGUUGUGAUGCUAUUUUUUCUGCUUUUGUGCUUCAUUGUCCCAGCUGUUUAUGCUCGCAUAGUUGCUUGGCGGAGAAAAAGAGCUUUGAAGAGAAGCUGGUCUCUCAACCGGAAGUCCUUCCUUAAGAGAACAGUAGGAGGCGAAGGAAGAGGAGGUUACCUUCGGCUUUGAGGGAACAAAAUAAAGCGCCAUGCCGUUUCAUGGAACAAUAUUCACACUCUUUCCUUCAUCAGUUUGGACAAAUACACUUUUUUCCGGGACUCAAAUCAUCGAUUUUACUUAAUCCUUCCUUUGAAAUGGGAAUCCAUACGGAUCACUUGUUCUCAUUUCUUCCGGUGAGAAGAUGAAAUUUGUGUAGUCAAAUGUUGUUAUCUUUCAUUAAUUUUAAUUUAUUUAUUUUUUGUUUUUUGUUUUAGUCGAAUGUUGGCUUUUGAUAGAGUCACGUGGAGAAGAAAGAUUCAUACAGCUGACCUCAUUUGAUGGACUUAAGGCUUGAUUUUGUUUGGUUUAGUUUGUUUUUCUCCCUCAUUUAAGUUCAUUGUUGUUUUUUUAAAGGCUUACCUUGUAUAGGAUAUUUUUUUUAUAUUCAAUUUUUCUUACAUGUACAUGAUGAUUUGUACCACUGAUUCCUGUUAAUGACAAAGUAUACUUCUGUGACACAAAAUUUAUGAA